AUGAUGAAAUUUACUAAGCAGAAUUUUAUUUUUUUAGUUGUUGGAAUUAUAAUUUAUGUAGUUGAUAUUGGAGUGGAUAUCUGGGUAGCUAGUAAAUAUUUCUGUCAAGGACAAUAUUCUUGGAGUGUAUCGAUAUUGUGUUUUAGGGGUCUUUCAUCAUUAAUAACUCAGAUAUUCAGUUAUGAGUGGUUUAAAGAUGACUGGGAAGGUACUGAUACUGGGAAGAAAAAAUGGACUUUUCUAGUUCAUCUCUUUCAAUGUGGAAUUUUUAUAAGGUAUUGGUUUGCUUUGAAGUAUGGCUACCAAGCUGCAUUUAAACAAAGCAGCAGAGGAGAUGCACCAGAAACAGACCCUCCCAACUUCAUUCAAAAACAAGCUGUUGAUGUAGUGACUGAUAUUAACAUGCUCAAGGUGUUCAAGACUUUUCUUGAGACCACACCACAGCUUUUUGUCCAGAUUUACAUCCUCAUGGAACAGGAACAUGGCAAAAAUAAUUUCUAUCAAUAUGCUGCUAUUAUUAUGUCUUUUUUUGGUAUCUCCAUUUCAAUGGUUGAUUAUCAGAUAUCACUACGAAAAUCUCUACCUGAUAAAGAAGAAUUUCAUGUGCUUCCCAAGUUAGUAUAUCUCUUCUAUAAACUGCUUACCACUACUUCUUGGAUAAUCAGUAUUUCACUGAUCACUCUACUAAAUGUUAGAAGUUCUGUAAUUCUGCUGAUACUUCUUUGGAUCUGUGGCUUCAUCUGGACUUUAAAACAACAUACAACAUUUUGCAAAUCUAAGAAGAUGGAAUAUCUGUACAGAACUGUUGUUGGGAUAAUUCUAAUUUUUACCUUUUUCAACAUAAAGGGAGGAAAAACAAAAGUUUGCAUUUCUAUUUAUUAUGCUACUCAUACUGUUGUAACACUAGGUAUUUUGUUUGUAUAUAUGUUUUGGAAAACUUCCAUUAUCAAGGAAAUACAUUUCACAAUUGUGAGCAUCGUAACUGUUCUUAGUCUGCUGUUAGGUAUUAUUUUUCUUGUUCUUUAUUAUAAGCAUUUUCACCCCACUGUUUAUUGCAGAUCACAGAUACAUUCAGAUGGAGUUGAUGGACGGGAAGGACAAAAAGAUAUAGUGGAAAUUAAUAAAUUUCAAAAUUUCAUAAAGCAAUGA